AUGUCUCGCGAUUCAUUGGCUGCCUUCCGCAAGUCGCCAUCUUCCGACGACCUUGCCGCCAUCGCCGAGAAGCACCUCGAGCAUGAUCUUCGAGACUCGGACCGCGACCUGCUCAAGAACGCCGCCAGCAAGGUGAGCAGGCACGCGGCGAUUGGCUCCGCCGUGGGCCUUGGGCUCGGUUUCUUUCUCGCUUUCAGACUGAGGCGAGCACGUGCGGACAUGUUUGCUGCGUUCCGGGCCACAGAGAAGCCAACACAUGUGCAGUUUGCCAGCGGAAGAUUAGGCGAGUCAACGUUUGGCUCAUUGACCUAG